GUACGCUGCUGCUACAACUCAAUAAAAGCGGUUUGUGCUUGAGAACGCUGCGUCUUAUUGCCUCCGAUCAUGACAAUUUGUGAAAGAAACAGAAAUUUCAGAAAGAAUAUAAUAGCGGUACUGUAGCUUCUGAUCCAUACGCCACUCUAGAAGGUGGCGGUAAUACGCCUAAAAGUUUAAUUUAAAAAAACAGAAGAAGAAGCGCGUCAAAUUUUGUACACCUGGCCACUCGAGCGAUAGUUUCCAUUAUUGGAAACUUAAAGUACAAGGUCUGAAAGAAGCGUCGCGAAAAUGAGGUUCACGGUUACCGUGAGAACGGAAAAGGGAUGGAGAUUUGAGCUUGAAGUGGAGGACACUGAUACUGUUGAGAGUUUAAAGCUUCGAAUAAAGGAGAAAGACGGAGUUCCUCCCGAUCAACAGAGAAUUAUUUAUGAAGGCAGGGAGCUGAUGGAUGGUCACUGUCUCAGUGACUAUAAUAUCCGACACGGGUCCCUCGUAACUGUAACUCUAAGACUGAGAGGAGGAGGGCUACCUGAGAAAGGUGAUAAAACCCGGAGCAGGGAAGAGCUGUCUAACUUUUAAUUUUGACAACACAGCAGAACAACAUCUCAGUGACCCCAAGCGCAGGUUGCUCAAGCGCCACUGAGGAGUAAUUUUAGCAUGACAACGAAUCCUCAACCUAAAUGGUAAAAGCACAGAAGAAGUCCUCCAAUGAGUCUGUGAGGAAACGUCUGCUCAGUGGUGACGGGAGAAAAGUUUUUAAGACGGAGACCUGAGAGAAUGUGUUGUACUCAUCCCCCAGCACUGAAGAUGACAACACAAAAUCCAAUUUCUACAGUUUUUGUUUUGAUACUAUAUUAUGAAUUGUAGUUUCUAUAAAUAAGCAGUUGCAAUGCUACUUUUAAACCAGUUCAGCUAGGCGGAUAGCACACAGUGUGAUGAGCCAGUGACACUUUCAGCAUUGGCAGCAGUAAAACUUUAAACUCUUUAAAUUCUUGAAACAAGUUCAUCCUCCUCACCACGUAAAGAACUGUUUAAUUUGCACUCUAAUGGUAAAUAAAGGAGAUGAGUUAAGUCCUUUGGCUACAUAAAGUUACAAAAAUUAAAAAAAAAAUAUUUAUCACCUCUAGUCAGGAGAUGUCAGCACUUGUUAUCAUGGUAGAGUGGCUCAAUGUUUGGUGGUCAAAGUCCAUCUCUAUGAAACAAAUCCCUUACUGUUAGACUAAAAUUAUAUUUUAUUUUUUAUAUAAUGAUGCUUCUUUACCUAAACUUGUGUGUCAAACUUUGGUUGUUUUUUUAAAAAAGAGGGAUCUUUGACUGGUUAUUAUUUUGUGUUUCAGAGCAGAGAUAAAAAUUACCACCAUACUGCUGUGUACUGUGUAUUUGUAUUAACUGAUAUAACAGGUUAUUUGCUUGACCAGUUUCUGGAUCACCUGGAACUGUGACAGCAGUCACUACCUUUGGUCUCCAGUUGCUUGGAGUGAAAGGAGUUAAUAACAAGCUGGACUUUGGCCUGCCCGUCUUGACUGGACUGUCGAAUUUUGGAUGGAUACCAAAGAAUCAGUUAAAUUUCAAACAUUUGUUUGUGGAUGAGUUCAACAGAUGUGUAUUAAGAUAACAAAAACAAGGCAACACAUCAGAUGAUUAUUAACCAGCACACAUCAGUGAAUUUAAUUUGUUUUUGUAUUCAACAUAUGUCUGACAUUUCAAAUACACUUCUUUCUCUUCUGGAGUCAGUGAGGAAACAAAUUAUAUUCAUAUCAGUUUUAAAAAACACUGAAGCCUGGUUAAUAUAACUCUUCAUCAAGACCACUUUGACUUCUGGGAUUACAGUUAUCUUAAUAUAGCACAUUUAUCACUUUAGCACAUUUAUUAUUUAGCACUUUAUAGUUUGUUUUUUUCAACAGAUGCAGAGUGGGACAUUCACUCAACUUAACAGUUUGUUCUAACGACCCUGCAAAUUUACCCUUUUUAUUAUUUUCAAAAGUCUUCGAUCAUAUGCAAAAUGGAAAUAAAAAGAAAAUGCCUUGUUGAAAAAAUAGUUGAAAACGUGUAAUGUUUAGAAGCUUAAUUAGAUUUAUUAGCGUAAAAAAAAACUUUUCAGAAUGAAAACCAGAGGGAAAUAUAAUAUUUGAUUUUCCGAAAAAAUGAGAAUGUACAGCUGAAUGAACUGACCUUAUUUUGUGUUCCAGGUUUGCUCUCAGCAGUGAGAUAUUCUUUAUUAGGUUAAGUAUUUAUUCAUUUUCCAUAGCAUGAAGCCCCAAGUGAAUGCCCUUUGUUAAAAUAUCCCUUUAUAAUUCUGAUCUGCUCUCCCAUUCUUUCAAAGUCAGUUUAAAAUUCACUCAGGGACACUGCUGAGAGUAGUAUGGAAGUAGGUUAUAUAAAGCGUUCUGAUGAUGCAUUCGCUUUAUCAGUCAUGGCACACUUCUCUCUGUCUGGUCCUGUAUUUGCAUGUUGUUGGAUCAAUAUCAGAUUUUUCAGUGGCACACACUCCAGCCUACAUGAGUGUAUCCAGCUGCAGAGCAGGAGGAGCAGGGUAAAGUGGUUCCAGGACAUGUCUGCUGUUUGUUGAAACUGAAGUAACACACUGGACUCAGAGGAGCAAAGGCUUAAAGUGUCAAUAAUUUCGAGCUCGUCUACUUCUCACAGUCCGUCCUCUAACAGACUGGAACAAAACCUCAUCACAUCCACUCGACAUGGCUUUCUCCCUCCGCGCGGCAAAUCUGGACGACUGCAAAGACAUCGCGCGGAUGAUCAUGGAACUGGCAGAGUAUGAAAACCUGGCAGAGCAUGUGAAAGUGACCCAGAAAGACUUGGAGCAAGAUGGCUUUUCCAAUAACCCGUUGUUUCAUGGGAUCAUCGCUGAGGUGCCAGAACAGCACAAAACCAAAGAAGGCCACACAAAGAUCGGCUAUGCACUUUAUUUCCAUGCUUACAGCUCCUGGUCAGGCAGAGCCAUUUAUAUGGAGGACUUGUAUGUGAUGCCUGAGUUCAGAGGGAAAGGCGUUGGUAAAGCACUAAUAAGCAAGGUGGCACAGCUGGGUCUGGCUGCUGGCUCCCACCAGCUCAACUUCACCGUCCUGGACUGGAACAAACCAUCUGUGGACUUUUAUCUCAGCCAGGGCUGCUUCGAUAUCACUGCUACAAUGGGCUACCACUGCCUGCGCUGCGAGGGGGAGGCGCUGAAGCACCUGGCUCAACUUUAACCAGUUCAUCAUGACCUUGUGACCCUUGCAGCCAUGAAGUCAGCCCACGCACUCCAGGGAUGGAGCACCACUCAGUGGCCUCUUUGCAAAACCUAACAACUUGAAGCCCCUACCACUGCAUAGGCUUUCUGAAGGUCUGUGCACAGAGGCUUAUUGUGAAACAUGCCUUUAAAAAUGAAUAUAGUUAUGAUAUGAUAGAUAUGUCUGUAUACAGAUAAAUGGCAUAAAUUAGGUUUUCUAAUUGAGUUGCAGUUACAUUUUGGCUCUCAGGCAGUGGAUGUUCCAGUCCUGAGAGGUUUUUUACAUUAAAGUGUAUAACGUCAUAGAAUAAAGCUAAUUACAUAUAUUU